AUGCGUCGCAGCCUUGUAAUAUUCCUCGUCAUCGCCGGUGCAACCCUUAUCUUCCUCCUCCACGCCGUGUCCACCCUCCUCGCACUCCUGAUCGAAGAUGCCUCGGGCGAUGCCAUCGCGGCGGCAGAAAUCCCCUCCCCGAACUCCACCCUUCCAGACACACGUCCGCGGCUGAUCCCCAAGAUCAUCCACCAAACCUACAAGAACGAAACCAUCCCGGAGCGCUGGAAAGCCGCGCAGCAGUCAUGCAUCGACCUGCACCCGGACUACGAAUACAUGAUGUGGACGGACGCCAAGUCGGAGGCGUUCAUCGAGAAGGAAUACGCCUGGUUCCUGCCCACGUUCACGGGUUACAAGCACCCGAUCCAGCGCGCCGACGCAAUCCGCUACUUCGUGCUCGCGCAUCACGGCGGCGUCUACAUCGACCUGGACGACGGAUGCAAGCGGCGCCUGGACCCCCUGCUGUCCUAUAACGCCUGGCUGCGCCGCACCGUGCCCACGGGCAUCAGCAACGACGCCAUGGGCUCCGUCCCGCAGCACCCCUUCUUCCUCCGCAUCAUCCAGUCCCUCCAGGGCGCCGACCGCGCCUGGGUCCUCCCCUACAUCACCAUCAUGGCGUCGACGGGGCCUUUGUUCCUCUCGGUGAUCUGGAAGAACUGGAUCGACGAGCAUAGCCAUCUCGACCAGGACACCUGGCCGGGCCGCGUCCGUGUCCUCAUGCCCGACGAGUAUACCAAGCACCCGUGGAGUUUCUUCAACACGUUCAAGGGCGAUAGCUGGCACGGCAAGGACGCGCAGUUCAUCUUCUGGAUGGGCAAGAAUUGGCUGCUGCUCGUUGUGGUCGGCACGGCCGUCGGGUUGACGCUUAUUUUCCUCGUCUGGUCGCUCUACUCGCGCGUCUUGAGUCUCUCGGCCUCCAGGCGCCGGGGUGGAAGUCCGCGGUCGAGUCCACGUGUCGGUGCCUACCGGUUUCCAGGUGCCUCGCGAGUGCCGCUGUGGAUGAGGUGGGGCGGUGGUUUGAAGAAAAAGUACAGUUACGAAUUGGUGGAGCAGCAUGACGCCUGA